GACCACCUUGUUCCUCGCACUCUCAUCAUCCUCCGUAAUACUGCUUCCAGUCUCUGCUCGGCUACCAAGGACGAUAGCAAACACAACUUCUACCCAUUAAUGAUGGAUAACAAGCCAGAGGAAUGUUCAGUGUGUUAUAACGAUUAUGAUGACAAUCAGCUACGGCCUCGCACAUUGCCGUGCGGCCACACAUUCUGCUCCCAGUGUAUUGACAAUGCUAUCGAGAAUGGUCAACUGACCUGCCCCAACUGCCGUGCCCAGCACGCUGCCACAGCUGCUACUCAGUUCCCAAUUAGCUAUGCUGUGGAGGCAUUUGUUAGGAAACUGAAAGAUAUCCAGCUAACACAAAAGAAAACUGCACCAGUAAAAAAGAAGUUACAUUCCCUGGUGCAGGAGCAGAAGAGCAGCAUCAGCAGCCUCAUUACUAGCUGUGAAGAGGUACUGUCCCAGCUGGGGGAAUAUCGGGGCCAGUAGGGGGACUGGAAGACUUGCCACCUCCAGCUCCAGGACAGACUCUAUGCUCUGGUAGAGCAGAACAAGUCAGCAAUGAAGCUCUUGGAACUGGAGGAUACCAGUGUGGUGGAUAUGACAACACAAGGAGAGGAAGGGAAGACUCAGCUGCAGGCCAUGUUGGGGAACCUCGACACAGUCAACACCCUACAGGAGGUUGACACAACCAUAGGCACAGCUGAUGAGUGCAGCAUGAA